AUGCCAAAAUUAAAGAAUUCCAGUGAUUUGAAUGACUAUUGUCGCAGUAGACGCGCAGAGCUAUUAAAAAGAAUGAAACAUCCUCAAGAUUGGCUGGAACGCAAGGGUAUAUGGCUCUCAACUAAAAAGAGAAGAAUUAUGAAUGGUCCUGUAGCAGCAUCAACAUCAACAAAUAAUGAUGUGCAGCAGCAUAAUGACGAGAAUGGACAAAAUGCCAUUAGUACAGAUGUUUCGAGGGUACUGAUUUUCGAAGAUGUAGAAAUGAACGAUUAUGUACAUCGUAUGGCGAAUGACAUUAAUACUGUAAACUUAAUCGACAAUGAUGACAAUUUAGAUUGUAAUGACGAAGAUGAUAAUAUAAGCAAUGCUGAAGACGAUGCUGGUAAUAAAAACUAUAACGAUCGUAAUGGUGAUAGUGAUAGCAAUGAUGCUGAUAGGGAAAAUGUGGACAGUGCCAACAAUAAUAAUUGUAGUAACAGCAAUGAUGACAAUAAGAGUAGCAGCAAUGAUGACUAUGAUCGUGAUGAUAGUAGCAAUGAUGACGACGACAAUGACAACAAUGAUGACGAAGAAGAAUCUGGUACAAAUAAUGAUGAAAAUGAUCAUAGUGAUGAUAGCGAGGAAGAUGUUACUGAUGAUGAAGAUAAUGAUGAAGCUGAUGUUAGCAAUAAUCAAUUAGAAAACACAAUCCAACAAGAAAAUUUCAGAAACCAACAAGUCCAUCCAUAUGAUAGCGAUAGGCCAUUGUAUGAAGGAGCCCCUAUCACAUAG